AGUAUGAUGUGAUGGAUAUAACUAUGGGAUACUGUGUGGGUACACGGCCUCCUCCUCCUUGCCUCAUCCUCCUGCUUCUCAAGCUCUUGGCCACUGUCUCCCAGGGGUUGCCGGGGACUGGACCCCUGGGCUUUCACUUCACACAUUCCAUUUAUAAUGCUACAGUGUAUGAGAACUCAGCAGCAAGGACGUACGUCAACAGUCAGGGUAGAAUGGGCAUCACCUUAAUCGAUCUGUCCUGGGAUAUCAAAUACAGAAUAGUAUCUGGAGACGAGGAAGGCUUUUUCAAAGCAGAGGAAGUCAUCAUUGCAGAUUUCUGUUUUCUCAGAAUAAGAACUAAAGGUGGCAAUUCUGCCAUAUUGAAUCGGGAAAUUCAGGACAAUUAUUUAUUGAUAGUAAAAGGUUCUGUCAGAGGAGAGGAUUUGGAAGCAUGGACCAAAGUGAGUAUACAGGUUUUAGAUAUGAAUGAUCUGAGACCCUUAUUUUCGCCCACCACAUACUCUGUUACAAUAGCAGAAAGUACACCUUUAAGGACUAGUGUCGCCCAGGUGACAGCAACAGAUGCCGAUAUCGGUUCCAAUGGAGAAUUCUAUUACUACUUUAAAAACAAAGUCGAUCUGUUUUCAGUUCACCCCACCAGUGGUGUCAUCUCUUUAAGUGGACGAUUAAAUUACGAUGAAAAGAAUAGGUAUGAUCUGGAAAUUUUGGCUGUGGACCGAGGGAUGAAACUCUAUGGAAACAACGGAGUGAGCAGUACUGCAAAGCUUUUUGUUCACAUUGAACGUAUAAAUGAACAUGCUCCAACUAUCCAUGUGGUCACUCAUGUUCCUUUCUCACUGGACGAAGAGCCGACAUAUGCAGUGGUGACAGUCGAUGACCUAGAUGAGGGGGCCAAUGGAGAGAUUGAAUCUGUGUUCAUUGUGGCUGGGGAUCCUUUAGAUCAGUUCUUGCUGGCUAAGGAAGGAAAGUGGAUGAACGAGUACAAGAUUAAGGAGAGAAAGCAGGUCGACUGGGAGAGCUUUCCCUAUGGCUACAAUCUCACUCUUCAAGCGAAAGACAAGGGGUCACCUCAGAAAUUUUCUGCAGUAAAGAUUGUCCACAUUGCCAACCCCAAAAGAGACACCGUCCCAAUUAGAUUUGAAAAAGAAACGUAUGAUGUGAGCAUCAGUGAAUUUUCCCCUCCUGGUGUCGUGGUUGCUAUAGUAAAAUUAAGUCCUGAACCGCUAGAUGUGGAAUACAAAUUAUCUCCUGGUGAGGAUACACAGUACUUCAAAAUUAAUCCUCGGUCAGGUCUCAUUGUCACAGCACAGCCAAUGAAUACCAUUAAGAAGGAGAUUUAUAAACUGGUGGUGACAAACAAGGAAGGAGAUUUAAAAGCACAAGUCACCAUUGGCAUAGAAGAUGCGAACGACCACACCCCAGAGUUUCAGCAGCCAGUGUAUGAUGCUUUUGUGAAUGAAAGUGUUCCAGUAGGAACGAGUAUUCUGACAGUUUCAGCUUCUGAUAAGGAUAAAGGAGAAAAUGGGUACAUCACCUAUAGUAUUGCCAGCCUGAAUUUGUUACCGUUUGCCAUUAACCAGUUUACAGGUGUUAUUAGCACAACCGAAGAGUUGGAUUUUGAAUCCUCUCCAGAAAUCUACAGGUUCAUCGUCAGAGCCUCUGACUGGGGUUCCCCAUAUCGCCAUGAAAGUGAGGUAAAUGUCACUAUUCGAAUAGGAAAUGUUAAUGACAAUAGCCCUCUCUUUGAAAAAGUGGCUUGCCAGGGAGUUAUUUCAUAUGACUUUCCAGUUGGAGGUCAUAUCACAGCUGUCUCAGCAAUCGAUAUCGAUGAACUUGAACUUGUAAAGUACAAAAUCCUCUCUGGAAAUGAACUUGGUUUCUUUUACUUAAACCCAGACUCUGGUGUUUUACAGCUUAAAAAGUCACUAAUGAAUUCUGGCAUUAAACAUGGUCAGUUUGCCCUCAGGAUUACAGCAACCGAUGGAGAAAGUUUUGCAGACCCCAUGUCGGUUAAUAUUUCAGUCCUACAUGGGAAGGUGUCUUCAAAGAGCUUCAGUUGCAGAGAAACUCGUGUAGCUCAAAAACUGGCCGAGAAACUACUCCUUAAGGCAAAAGCAAAUGGCAAACUGAAUCUGGAGGAUGGAUUUCUUGACUUUUAUUCAAUAAAUAGGCAAGGACCACAUUUUGACAAGUCGUUUCCUUCUGAUGUGGCUGUGAAGGAGACUCUGCCAGUUGGUGCUAACAUCCUGAAAAUUAAAGCCUACGAUGCCGAUUCUGGCUUCAAUGGAAAGGUGCUAUUUACGAUAUCUGAUGGAAACACGGAUAGUUGCUUUAAUAUUGAUAUGGAGACCGGGCAACUUAAAGUCCUUAUGCCCAUGGAUCGUGAGCACACAGACCUCUAUCUCCUUAAUAUCACCAUCUAUGACUUAGGUAAUCCACAGAAAUCUUCGUGGAGGUUGUUGACUAUCAAUAUAGAGGAUGCUAAUGACAACAGCCCAAUUUUUCUUCAAGACAGUUACACAGUUAACAUUCUUGAAAGUUCAAGCAUUGGUACUGAGAUUAUUCAAGUGGAAGCCAGAGACAAAGACUUGGGUGCUAAUGGUGAAGUGACGUACUCAGUCUUGACCGAUACACAGCAGUUUGCCAUCAAUAGCUCAACUGGAAUCGUUUAUGUAGCUGACCAGUUGGACCGGGAGUCCAAAGCAAACUACUCAUUAAAAAUAGAAGCCAGAGACAAGGCAGAAAGCGGCCAGCAGCUGUUCUCGGUUGUGACUCUGAAGGUGUUUUUGGACGAUGUCAAUGACUGCUCCCCAGCUUUCAUUCCCAGUAGUUAUAGUGUGAAGGUUCUCGAAGAUCUCCCCGUUGGCACUGUCAUCGCUUGGCUGGAGACCCAGGAUCCAGAUCUUGGACUGGGGGGUCAAGUGCGCUAUUCUUUGGUCAGUGACUAUAAUGGGAGAUUUGAAAUAGACAAAGCAAGUGGUGCUAUUCGCUUGAGCAAAGAGCUUGACUAUGAAAAGCAGCAGUUCUAUAACCUCACGGUUCGGGCUAAAGACAAAGGGCGGCCUGUCUCUCUGUCAUCUGUUUCCUUUGUUGAGGUGGAAGUGGUGGAUGUCAACGAAAACCUUCAUACACCCUAUUUCCCAGACUUUGCUGUUGUUGGAUCUGUAAAAGAAAACUCACGUAUUGGAACAAGCGUCCUGCAGGUGACUGCCCGAGAUGAGGACUCCGGGAGGGAUGGAGAGAUCCAGUACUCCAUCAGGGAUGGCAGUGGUCUUGGAAGGUUCAAUAUAGAUGACGAGAGUGGAGUCAUCUCUACCGCAGACAUUCUUGAUCGAGAGACAAUGGGGUCAUACUGGCUGACAGUGUAUGCCACAGAUCGGGGUGUUGUUCCACUGUAUUCCACUAUCGAGGUCUACAUUGAAAUUGAAGACGUGAACGACAAUGCCCCGCUGACCUCGGAACCUAUUUAUUAUCCUGUUGUCAUGGAAAACUCUCCAAAGGAGGUGUCUGUCAUUCAGAUCCAGGCUGAGGAUCCUGACUCUAGUUCCAGUGAAAAACUGACAUACAGGAUUACAAGUGGGAAUCCUCAGAACUUUUUUGCCAUCGAUGUCAAAACAGGUCUGAUUACAACAACUUCAAGGAAAUUGGAUCGAGAGCAGCAGUCAGAACAUUUUCUGGAGGUGACUGUCACAGAUGGCGGUUCCUCUCCGAAACAGUCAACCAUUUGGGUGGUGGUUCAGGUUCUGGAUGAGAAUGACAACAAGCCCCAGUUCCCAGAGAAAGUCUACCAAAUCAAGCUGCCGGAACGUGACCGGAAGAAGAGGGGAGAACCCAUUUACAGGGCUUUUGCAUUUGAUAGAGAUGAGGGCCCCAACGCCGAAAUCUCCUACAGUAUCACAGAUGGGAACGAUGAUGGAAAAUUCUUUAUUGACCCUAAAACUGGCAUGGUUUCUUCCAGAAAACAAUUUACAGCAGGGAGUUAUGACAUCCUAACGAUAAAGGCGGUGGACAACGGGCGCCCACAGAAAUCCUCCACGGCCCGCCUCCACAUUGAAUGGAUUAAGAAACCACCCCCUUCACCUAUACCUCUGACCUUCGAUGAGCCGUUUUAUAACUUCACAGUCAUGGAAAGUGACAGAGUCACCGAGAUUGUGGGGGUGGUGUCUGUGCAGCCAGCUAACACCCCUCUGUGGUUUGACAUAGUUGGUGGCAAGCAUGCUCGAGAGAUGUUCUAUAUUCUACAGACAGCUUGUGGGCAGAACUGUUCAACAGAAGGGGGGAAUUUUGACAGCUCUUUUGACGCAGAGAAGGGUGUUGGGACCAUUGUCAUUGCAAAACCUUUGGACGCAGAGCAGAGAUCCAUUUAUAAUAUGAGUGUGGAAGUCACCGAUGGGACAAAUGUUGCUGUCACUCAGGUAUUUAUCAAAGUGCUGGAUAAUAAUGAUAACGGCCCGGAAUUCUCUCAGCCGAAUUACGAUGUGACCAUUUCCGAGGACGUGCUCCCAGACACAGAGAUAUUGCAGAUUGAAGCCACAGACAGAGACGAGAAGCAUAAGCUGAGCUACACUAUCCACAGCAGCAUCGACUCUGUCAGCAUGAGGAAGUUCCGGAUUGACCCCAACUCGGGCGUGCUCUACACCGCCGAGAGAGUGGACCACGAAGCCCAGGACAAGCACAUUCUCAACAUCAUGGUCAGAGAUCAGGAGUUUCCUUAUCGAAGAAACUUGGCCCGAGUCAUUGUGAAUGUGGAAGAUGCUAAUGAUCACAGUCCUUACUUUACCAACCCAUUGUAUGAAGCAUCAGUGUUUGAAUCGGCUGCUCUGGGAUCAGCUGUUCUGCAAGUGACGGCUCUGGACAAAGACAAAGGGGAAAAUGCAGAACUCACAUAUACCAUAGAAGCAGGGAACACUGGGAACACGUUUAAGAUUGAACCCAUCCUGGGCAUCAUCACUGUUUCCAAAGAACCAGACAUGACGACAAUGGGUCAGUUUGUCCUGUCAGUCAAAGUCACGGAUCAGGGUUCCCCGCCCAUGUCUGCCACUGCAAUUGUGCGCAUUUCUGUCACCAUGUCUGAUAAUUCUCACCCCAAGUUCACUCACAAAGACUACCAAGCAGAAGUAAAUGAAAAUGUUGAUAUUGGAACAUCAGUCGUUCUAAUCUCUGCCAUCAGUCAAUCUACCCUCAUUUACGAAGUAAAAGAUGGAAACAUUGAUGGGAUCUUUACCAUAAAUCCCUAUUCUGGCGUCAUCACCACUCGGAAGGCACCGGAUUAUGAGCGUACGUCCUCUUACCAGCUCAUCGUACAGGCCAUUAACAUGGCAGGAAUGGCUUCCAAUGUCACAGUCAAUAUUCAGAUUGUUGAUGAAAAUGAUAACGCCCCAGUUUUUCUCUUUUCUCAAUAUUCGGGCAGCCUAAGUGAGGCUGCCCCAGUUAAUAGCAUUGUCAGGAGCUUGGAUAACAGCCCAUUGGUGAUUCGAGCCACCGAUGCCGACAGCAACCGGAAUGCUCUACUUGUGUAUCAGAUUGUGGAGUCCACGGCCAAGAAGUUCUUCACAGUGGACUCCAGUACAGGUGCAAUCAGAACAAUUGCCACUCUGGACCAUGAAACCAUCUCCCAUUUCCAUUUUCAUGUGCAUGUGAGAGACAGUGGUAGCCCCCAGCUGACCGCAGAGAGUCCCGUUGAAGUCAACAUAGAGGUGACAGAUGUGAAUGAUAACCCGCCUGUUUUCACUCAGGCUGUGUUUGAAACUGUCUUACUUCUACCUACCUAUGUUGGAGUGGAGGUUCUGAAAGUUAGUGCCACGGAUCCUGACUCUGAGGUGCCCCCUGAACUGAGGUACAGCCUAAUGGAAGGCAGCUUGGAUCAUUUUUUAAUUGACUCAAAUAGUGGAGUGCUCACCAUAAAAAACAACAACCUCUCCAAAGAUCACUAUAUGCUGAUAGUUAAAGUGUCUGAUGGAAGGUUCUAUAGUACGUCCAUGGUUACCAUCUUUGUUAAAGAAGCCAUGGACAGCGGCCUCCACUUCACACAAAGCUUUUACUCCACCUCAAUCUCAGAGAACAACACUAAUAUAACCAAAGUUGCUAUUGUCAAUGCAGUUGGAAAUCGCCUUAACGAGCCCUUAAAAUAUAGCAUCUUAAACCCAGGAAAUAAGUUCAAGAUAAAAUCUACCUCAGGGGUCAUUCAGACGACCGGAGUCCCCUUUGACCGUGAAGAACAGGAGUUAUAUGAGCUGGUGGUGGAAGCCAGCCGCGAGAUGGACCAUCUUCGUGUGGCUAGGGUGGUGGUCAGAGUUAACAUCGAAGACAUAAAUGACAAUUCUCCAGUCUUUGUGGGCCUGCCUUAUUAUGCUGCUGUGCAAGUGGAUGCUGAACCUGGGACUCUGAUUUACCGGGUGACAGCCAUUGACAAAGAUAAAGGUGCAAAUGGAGAAGUGACCUACGUCCUCCAGGAUGACUAUGGCCACUUUGAAAUUAACCCUAAUUCAGGGAAUGUUAUUUUAAAAGAAGCAUUCAACUCAGACUUGUCCAACAUUGAGUAUGGAGUCACCGUCCUAGCCAAAGAUGGUGGAAAACCCUCUUUGUUCACAUCUGUGGAACUUCCCAUUACUAUUGUCAACAAAGCAAUGCCUGUGUUUGAUAAACCCUUUUAUACAGCAGCCAUCAACGAAGACAUCAGAAUGGACACACCUAUUCUAAGCAUCAAUGCCACCAGUCCAGAAGGCCAAGGCAUCAUAUAUAUCAUUGUUGAUGGGGAUCUUUAUAAACAAUUCAACAUUGACUUUGACACUGGGGUCCUGAAAGUCGUCAGCCCUUUGGAUUAUGAACUUACAUCUGUUUACAAGUUGACAGUAAGAGCCAGUGAUGCCCUUACUGGUGCCAGGGCUGAAGUCACCGUUGACUUGCUGGUUAAUGAUGUAAAUGACAACCCCCCUAUUUUCAAUCAACCAACAUACAAUACCACAUUAUCAGAAGCAUCUCUCAUUGGGACACCUGUUUUGCAAGUUGUCUCUACUGAUGCAGACUCAGAAAACAAUAAAAUGGUACAUUAUCAGAUUGUCCAGGAUACUUACAACAGCACAGAUUACUUUCACAUAGACAGUGCAAGUGGCUUAAUCCUGACAGCAAGGAUGCUGGACCACGAGUUAGUGCAACACUGUACUUUGAAAGUCAGAGCAACAGAUAAUGGCUUCCCAUCACUGAGCAGUGAGGUCUUGGUUCAUAUCUACAUCUCGGACAUAAAUGACAACCCUCCAGUUUUUAAUCAGCUCAUUUAUGAGUCCUAUGUGAGUGAAUUAGCCCCCCGGGGCCAUUUUGUAACCUGUGUGCAAGCCUCUGAUGCAGACAGCUCUGAUUUUGACCGGUUGGAAUAUAACAUUUUAUCUGGGAAUGACCGGACAAGUUUUCUGAUGGAUAGCAAGAGUGGCAUUAUCACACUGUCCAACCACCGAAAGCAGCGGAUGGAGCCUCUGUACAGUCUCAAUGUGUCAGUCUCUGACGGAUUGUUCACUAGUACUGCACAGGUGCAUAUUAGGGUACUCGGGGCUAACCUAUAUAGCCCUGCCUUUUCACAAAGCACCUACGUUGCUGAGGUUAGAGAGAAUUUGGCAGCUGGGACAAAGGUAAUUCACGUUCGAGCCACGGAUGGGGAUCCAGGGAUGUAUGGGCAGAUCAGCUAUGCCAUCAUCAAUGACUUUGCUAAAGAUCGAUUCCUCAUAGAUAGUAAUGGACAAGUCAUCACAACAGAAAGGCUUGACCGGGAAAACCCUCUGGAAGGAGACAUUAGUAUUUUUUUGAGGGCUCUGGACGGUGGAGGGAGAACGACUUUCUGCACCGUGAGAGUGAUUGUUGUGGAUGAAAAUGACAAUGCUCCCCAGUUCAUGACAGUGGAAUAUAGAGCCAGUGUCAGGGCAGACGUUGGAAGGGGCCACUUAGUCACUCAGGUUCAAGCCGUGGAUCCAGAUGAUGGAGCAAAUUCAAGGAUUACUUAUUCCUUAUAUAGUGAGGCUUCGGUCUCGGUGGCUGACCUCCUGGAAAUUGAUCCUGACAAUGGCUGGAUGGUCACAAAGGGCAACUUUAACCAGCUGAAAAACACAGUCCUGUCCUUCUUUGUCAAAGCAGUAGAUGGGGGCAUUCCAGUACGGCACUCCCUCAUUCCUGUCUACAUCCACGUCUUGCCCCCUGAAACAUUUUUGCCUUCAUUUACCCAGUCUCAGUAUUCGUUUGCUGUUUCAGAAGAUACAGCCAUUGGGAGCACAGUGGACACCCUAAGGAUUUUGCCCAGUCAGAAUGUUAGGUUCAGCACAGUUAACGGGGACCGGCCAGAAAACAACAAAGGGGGUGUCUUCAUCAUAGAACAGGAAACAGGCACGAUCAAGCUUGACAAACGCCUUGAUCAUGAGAUCAGCCCAGUUUUCCACUUUAAAGUAGCCGCCACCAUACCCCUGGACAAGGUAGACAUUGUGUUUACUGUGGAUGUAGAUAUCAAGGUGUUGGAUUUGAAUGACAACAAGCCAGUCUUUGAGACUGCGAGUUACGAAACCAUCAUAAUGGAAGGGAUGCCUGUCGGCACCAAACUCAUGCAGGUGAGAGCCAUCGAUAUGGAUUGGGGAGCCAAUGGGCAGGUCACUUACUCCCUGCACUCAGAUUCCCAACCAGAAAAGGUAAUGGAAGCAUUCAAUAUUGACAGCAACACAGGCUGGAUCAGUACCUUGAAGGACCUGGAUCACGAGACAGACCCCGCAUUCACCUUCUCCGUGGUGGCCUCUGACCUUGGAGAGGCCUUCUCUCUUUCUUCCACGGCUUUAGUCUCUGUCAGGGUGACAGAUAUAAAUGACAACGCCCCAGUCUUUGCCCAUGAGGUGUACCAAGGGAAUGUGAAGGAGAGCGACCCUCCAGGCGAGGUGGUAGCCAUCCUCAGCACGUGGGACAGAGACACUUCUGACGUUAAUCGCCAAGUGAGCUACCACAUUACAGGAGGUAACCCCCGAGGAAGGUUUGCCCUGGGCCUGGUACAGAGUGAGUGGAAGGUCUAUGUGAAGAGACCUCUAGAUAGAGAAGAACAAGACAUUUACUUCCUCAAUGUCACCGCCACCGAUGGGCUCUUUGUGACACAGGCCAUGGUGGAAGUGACUGUCAGUGAUGUGAAUGACAAUAGCCCAGUGUGUGAUCAGGUUGCAUACACAGCCUUAUUCCCUGAAGACAUUCCAUCCAAUAAAAUCAUCCUGAAGGUCAGUGCCAAGGAUGCUGAUAUUGGAUCCAAUGGAGAUAUACGAUACUCACUCUAUGGAUCUGGACACAGUGAAUUUUUUCUAGAUCCAGAAAGUGGUGAGUUGAAAACCUUGGGUCUGUUGGACCGGGAGAGGGUCCCCGCGUACAGCCUGGUCGCCAGGGCAACCGAUGGGGGUGGCAGGUUCUGCCAGUCUGAUGUCCGCUUGAUCCUGGAGGACGUGAAUGAUAACCCCCCUGUGUUUUCUUCUGACCACUACAACACCUGUGUCUAUGAGAACACAGCCACCAAGGCUCUGUUGACCCGAGUUCAAGCCGUGGAUCCCGACAUGGGCAUCAACAGGAAGGUCGUGUACUCCCUGGCCGACUCAGCCAAUGGGUUCUUCUCCAUUGAAGGCUCAUCUGGCAUCAUCAUCCUGGAACAGCCCCUGGACCGUGAGCAGCAGCCAUCCUACAACAUCAGCGUGCAGGCCACUGACCAGAGUCCUGGAAAGGCCCUGUCCUCUCUCGCCACCGUCACCAUCACCGUCCUGGACAUUAAUGACAAUCCCCCCGUGUUUGAAAGGAGGGACUAUCUGGUGACAGUACCUGAAGACACCUCCCCUGGCACCCAAGUCCUUGCUGUGUUUGCCACCAGCAAAGAUAUUGGCACAAAUGCUGAGAUCACGUAUCUCAUCAGGUCUGGGAAUGAACAAGGGAAAUUUAGGAUCAACCCAAAGACAGGGGGGAUUUCUGUAUCUGAAGUCCUGGACUAUGAGUUAUGCAAAAAGUUUUACCUGGUGGUAGAAGCCAAAGAUGGGGGCACCCCAGCUCUCAGCGCCGUGGCCACCGUCAACAUCAACCUCACAGAUGUGAAUGACAACCCUCCCAAGUUCAGCCAAGAUGUGUACAGUGCCGUCAUAAGUGAAGACGCUUUGGUUGGGGACUCUGUCAUUUUGCUAAUAGCAGAAGAUGCAGAUAGCCAGCCCAAUGGACAGAUUCAUUUUUCCAUUGUGAAUGGAGAUCGGGACAACGAAUUUGCUGUGGAUCCUCUCUUGGGCCUUGUGAAGGUUAAGAAGAAAUUGGACCGGGAACGGGUCUCUGGAUAUUCCCUGCUUGUCCAGGCAGUAGACAGUGGUGUUCCUGUGAUGUCGUCAACGGCCACCGUCAACAUUGACAUUUCUGAUGUGAACGACAACAGCCCAGUCUUUACACCUGCUAACUAUACUGCUGUGAUUCAGGAAAAUAAGCCAGUAGGCACCAGCAUUUUGCAGCUGGUGGUGACAGACAGAGAUUCCUUUCACAAUGGGCCUCCCUUCUCGUUCUCUAUUUUGUCGGGAAAUGAGGAGGAGGAGUUCGUGUUGGACCCACAUGGGAUCCUGAGAUCAGCUGUGGUCUUCCGGCACACAGAGUCUCCGGAAUUUGUGCUGUGUGUCCAGGCAAAAGACUCUGGCAAACCCCAGCAAGUUUCUCACUCCUACAUCCGUGUGCGGGUCAUUGAGGAAAGUAUCCAUAAGCCCACAGCCAUCCCUCUGGAAAUUUUCAUUGUCACCAUGGAGGACGACUUUCCUGGUGGGGUCAUCGGGAAGAUCCACGCCACAGACCAAGACAUGUAUGACGUGCUCACAUUUGCCCUGAAAUCGGAGCAGAAAAGCUUGUUCAAAGUGAACAGCCACGAUGGGAAAAUCAUCGCCCUGGGAGGCCUGGAUAGCGGCAAGUAUGUCCUGAAUGUGUCGGUGAGUGACGGCCGCUUCCAGGUGCCCAUCGACGUGGUCGUGCACGUGGAGCAGCUGGUGCACGAGAUGCUGCAGAACACCGUCACCAUCCGCUUUGAGAACGUGUCCCCCGAGGACUUCGUGGGGCUGCACAUGCGCGGGUUCCGGCGCACGCUGCGCAACGCGGUCCUCACCCAGAAGCAGGACAGCCUGCGCAUCAUCAGCAUCCAGCCUGUGGCGGGCACCAACCAGCUGGACAUGCUGUUUGCGGUGGAGAUGCACAGCAGUGAGUUCUACAAGCCGGCCUACCUGAUCCAGAAGCUGUCCAACGCCAGGAGGCAUCUGGAGAACGUCAUGCGCAUCUCGGCCAUCCUGGAAAAGAACUGCUCGGGGCUGGACUGUCAGGAGCAGCAUUGCGAGCAAGGCCUGUCGCUGGAUUCCCACGCACUCAUGACCUACAGCACAGCUCGCAUCAGCUUUGUGUGUCCGCGUUUCUACAGGAACGUGCGCUGCACCUGUAACGGAGGACUGUGCCCGGGGUCCAACGAUCCUUGCGUGGAGAAGCCGUGUCCUGGGGACAUGCAGUGUGUCAGUUACGAAGCCAGCAGGAGACCAUUUCUCUGCCAGUGUCCACCGGGGAAGCUCGGAGAGUGCUCAGGGCACACUUCUCUCAGUUUUGCUGGAAACAGUUACAUCAAAUACCGGCUUUCUGAAAAUAGCAAAGAAGAGGACUUUAAGCUCGCUCUGCGUCUGCGAACACUGCAAAGCAAUGGGAUUAUAAUGUACACCAGAGCAAAUCCCUGCAUAAUUCUGAAGAUCGUGGAUGGCAAGCUGUGGUUCCAGCUGGACUGUGGCAGUGGCCCCGGAAUCUUGGGCAUCUCAGGCCGCGCGGUCAACGACGGGAGCUGGCACUCCGUCUUCCUGGAACUCAAUCGCAAUUUCACGAGCCUGUCCCUGGACGACAGCUACGUGGAGCGGCGCAGGGCACCCCUCUACUUCCAGAGGCUGAGCACCGAGAGUACCAUCUACUUCGGGGCUCUGGUGCAGGCCGAUAACAUCCGCAGCCUGACUGACACGCGGGUCACACAGGUGCUGAGCGGCUUCCAGGGCUGCCUGGACUCGGUGGUGCUGAAUAACAACGAGCUGCCCCUGCAGAACAAGCGCAGCAGCUUCGCCGAGGUGGUGGGCCUGACCGAGCUGAAGCUGGGCUGCGUGCUCUACCCUGAUGCGUGUGAGCGCAGCCCCUGCCAACACGGGGGCAGCUGCACCGGCCUGCCCUCCGGGGGCUAUCAGUGUACCUGCCUCUCACAGUUCACCGGGAGAAACUGUGAAUCCGAGAUCACUGCCUGCUUCCCAAACCCCUGCAGGAAUGGAGGCUCCUGCGACCCAAUAGGAAACACUUUCAUCUGCAAUUGCAAAGCUGGACUCACUGGAGUCACGUGUGAGGAGGAUAUCAACGAGUGCGAGCGGGAAGAGUGUGAGAACGGGGGCUCCUGCGUCAACGUGUUUGGCUCCUUCCUGUGUAACUGCACAGCGGGCUUCGUGGGCCAGUCCUGCGGGCUGCGCCCCGUGGUGGUGCCCAACAUCCAGGCCGGCCACUCCUACGUGGGGAAGGAGGAGCUCAUCGGCAUCGCUGUGGUCCUCUUCGUCAUCUUCACCUUGGUGGUCCUCUUCGUUGUCUUUCGCAAGAAGGUCUUCCGCAAGAACUACUCCCGCAACAACAUCACGCUGGUGCAGGACCCGGCCACCGCCGCCCUGCUCAACAAAAGCAACGGCAUCCCGUUCCGGAACCUGCGGGGUAGCGGGGACGGCCGCAACGUCUACCAAGAGGUGGGACCCCCGCAGGUGCCCGUGCGCCCCAUGGCCUACACCCCAUGCUUCCAGAGCGACUCCAGGAGCAACCUGGAUAAGAUCGUGGACAGUCUGGGAGGCGAGCACCAAGAGAUGACCACUUUUCACCCUGAGUCACCGCGCAUCCUGACAGCCCGGAGGGGUGUGGUCGUGUGCAGUGUGGCCCCCAAUCUCCCCACCGUGUCACCCUGCCGCUCGGACUGCGAUUCCAUCCGGAAGAAUGGCUGGGACGCAGGAACUGAAAACAAAGGAGUUGAUGACACGGGAGAAGUGACCUGCUUUGCAGGCAGUAAUAAAGGCAGCAACUCUGAAGUUCAGUCCCUGAGCUCCUUCCAGUCGGAUUCUGGUGAUGACAAUGCAUCCAUAGUGACUGUCAUUCAGCUUGUCAACAAUGUAGUUGACACUAUAGAGAAUGAAGUGUCUGUCAUGGAUCAAGGACAGAACUACAACCGAGCCUAUCACUGGGACACCUCUGACUGGAUGCCGGGGGCCCGCCUGUCGGACAUAGAGGAGGUGCCCAACUAUGAGAACCAAGAGGGAGGGUCUGCACAUCGGGGCAGCACACGGGAGUUGGAGAGCGAUUACUACCUGGGCGGCUAUGACAUUGACAGCGAGUACCCGCCCCCUCAGGAAGAGGAGUUCUUGAGUCAGGACCAGCUGCCCCCUCCGCUGCCCGAGGACUUCCCGGACCAAUAUGAGGCCCUGCCGCCCUCCCAGCCUGCCUCCCUGGCCAGCACACUGAGCCCAGACUGCAGGAGAAGGCCCCAGUUCCAUCCCAGCCAGUACCUGCCUCCACAUCCAUUCCCCAAUGAAACAGAUUUGGUGGGUCCGCCUACCAGCUGUGAAUUUAGUACUUUUGCCGUGAACAUAAACCAGGGUACAGAGACAGCAGGCCCAGCAGACAGUGUGUCUCCAUCCUUGCACAAUUCCAGAGGCACCUCAUCCUCGGAUGUAUCAGCAAACUGCGGCUUUGAUGAUUCCGAAGUAGCCAUGAGUGACUACGAGAGCGUGGGAGAGCUCAGCCUCGCCAGCCUUCACAUUCCCUUUAUGGAGACUCAGCACCAGACCCAAGUAUAGAGGAUGCACCUCAAGUGCUUUGCACUGUUUGUUACAGAAAAGUGGAAGGAACUGGCUGGGGUUGUGUCUCCGUGGAUAGUGUGUUGAGCGAGAAGGAAAUGCAGUAUUUUCCACUAGGAACUUCAUCACAAGUCACGUUGUUUCCAGCAAGCUUGACUCCAGCUGGGAGAAAAGGAAAGGCUCAGAAAUUGUUUCUGAGCAGUGACUGAUAGCGCUUGCAGUAUGUACCUGCGUACAUGACGAAGAACGUGCACCCAGUUCUUAAAGGGGCAAUAAAUUUCACCCAUUAGGUUACCCAGUCGAUCUUAUAAGGCUUUGUGCAGUAUUGUACCCUGGAAAGUGUUGCAACAUCAGUCCUUGCAGUAUUAAUAACUGGCAACAAGCAAAGAGGCGUGUAAUUUUGAGCCAGUGGGUGGGAGGCGGGGAAUGAAAAUACCAAUAAUGAUUGUUGAAAAAGUUAGACUCUUAGGCAAAAGAAGAGAGAGACAAAUAUUAUUAAACAAGAAAAUGGGCUGAAGCCUUUAAAAAUCAAUUUUAUUUUUUUUAUAAGCUGCCCAAUUUUCAGCUAUAAAAUUAGAUUUAGGAAACAUGUUUAGUAUGCUUAGUUAUUUUUGUUUGUUUGUGUUAAGCAUCCAAUAUAAUAUAGUAGGGUUUUUUGAUCUUUGAAAAGGUAUAAAGACGAGGAAUAUGAGGAUAUUUGGGUUCCAUUUUGUGGGCUAAGGAGGUUAACAUUGUUCAAACAUUAGAAAGAAUGUGAUUAUCUGUUUUUGUGUUUUCCAGUAAACAUUCCUGGUUGUAACUACAAUUUUAACUUUACUGCAGAAAUUGACCUUUGUUCUGAGAAUCAGGAAAUUAAAAAAAAAAAAAAGGUAAUAUUUUGGUACUUUGUUCUCUAGAAUGAGAUAGAUAUUUAGCAGUUUAAGCAGAAUUCACAAAUUUGGGGGGGGGAAGAAACUAUAACACUUUCAAAGUUUUCAACUUGAUAAUCACAAUUCUUGAUAAUGCAGAUGAAAUCAGUCUUGUUCUAAAUUGGUAGCAUCAUCACUAUAAAUGCAAUUACAUUUUUUUAAAACAAAAAAGAAAGAAAAAGGUAGACUAGUUCUUGUGCAUAAAUUAUAAUAGUGUGUGUGUCUGGGCCUGUGUACAGAUAUGUGCUUGCACUCAAUAAGGCUGCUCUUGAGAAAGCUAACGUGAGAGUUUUAGGAUAUGGACCGUAUAGAAAAUCCUGCCAGCAAGGCAGACCUUUCAAUUUCUCUAAUCUCUAUGUUAGAGAAACACCAAAUGCCAUAUUUUACUCUGGUUCAGUUAACUUUAUUUUGGUACUGCCAUUUGUAUUAACUUAAAACAAAACUGAGCUUUUUAGAAAACAGUAUUUUGUUGUAAUUUUCCAGAACUACUCUUAUUUGAAAACUGUGUAAUAUUUAAUUACACCCUGGGGUUCUCUUCCCACCUGACAUCUGGACUUUGGCCAGGAGUUUCCAAAAUUGACAGGGGAAUCAUUCCACUGGAAAUACAAUAACUCAAUACUCGAAGCUUAAAGUUAAUAAGUUAAGUGACUUUCCUCUUUUGCUUCGAUCAGAUUAUGGCUGCGUGUGCAGUGGCCAUGGUAAAUAAAUGCAUAUUUGCACUAUCUGCUUAAUGAGCAAAUCUCUGUGUCCACAGUUUUCGAUGACAUACGGCAUUGAUGUGUAAUUGUGCUGUCCUGAGUCUGUGUGCCAUCUACUCAGACAUAUUUUUAGUUGUUUCAAUUGUGUUUAAUCCACUUCUUUGUAGGAGUCAGUGUUUCUGAAGUCUGUUGUAAAAAAAAUUCCUUUUCAUUCUCAAGCUUCCUGAGUUCAUGGAUACACUUCACAGAUUUUUCAGCUUUUCUCCUCUCCCUGUCUCUUGGUUGGACCUACUCAUGGAAGCAUUAUCUGCACUGUGGUCUUGAAAUAAAUGAAUUUCACUAAGGCUGCUUUUGAGAAUAAAAUCUUUGGCAUUUUUCUUAUGUAAGCACAUUUGCAAGAAUCAUUGAGAAAAUGACAAACUAAUGGUCUAGAAUAGAAUCACUGCUACACUUUUAAUAAUGCAAUGACAUAAAAAUCAUCAAAGUAAAACCAACAAUUCAUUUCUUGCCCCCAGGAAAUAUUAGAAUGAGAUUAAUGCCAGUGAGUCACCACUGCUUACACAGCAUCUCCUCCAGGGAGAAUGCCUGACUGACACAGUAAUGAAGGAAUAAAUAGAUCUAAUGUGGUUGUGAAGUCACCCAAGAAAAUUGUGUCCACCCUUUGCUCUGACCUAUAUAAAAUACCUCUUUCUUCAGGAUAUUUUCCCCUGUUUUUCUGCAGAAUAGCUCUGCAGCUAAGUGUAUACCAGAUAAGCAUGUGUUAUGUUUUGACUCAUUACCUUUAAACAACUAUCGUUUCACUUUCUGGAAAAUUAGACUUCCUUGUAGAUAAUGAACUGGUUUGCAGUCAGGCCAAGAUGGAACUAGGUGGGAUUUUGAAGAGCUGGAAGGGUCCUUAAGAUCUGUUUUUCCAACUCUCUUAUCUUACAAAAGAGGAAUCAUGCCCAGAGAGGGGAAGGUACUUAUCCCAGCUCACACAGGAAGUUAAAUGGCUGAACAGGGAUUAGAAGUCAUCCAUUUGACCAAUAUUCUUCCUAUAUAACGUUGUUCACCAAUAAAUUGCCUGGGGUAUGGCAUCUGCCUGCUUUUGCUAGGGCUUCAGAAUUCCUACAACUUCUGCUUUGGAAUUGUAGAAAUCAUGUGGAUAUUGUAGAAAUCAUCUGGACUUUGUCCGUGAGUUUCCAAAAUUGACAGGGGAAUCAUUCCACUGAAAAUACAAUAACUCAAUACUUGAAGCUUGUAUUUCCUAGCUUCGUGUUUCCUAGCAGCCCUCCAGGAAGGGUGCAGUUACAGAAUUCACACAUUUCUUUGAACAAUUAUCACAAUGCUGCUUUUGCCAAAUGAAUGUUUUCAAAAAUGAGGAUGGAAUGAUAAUUACAGAAUGGAACCCAGACCAGUCAAUAAUUACAGUGAAACUUUGUUUAUAAUAUUAUCUACUGAGUGUAUUUUUGUUUUUCUUUUCGCCCUGCCACUUCUGGCAUUUAUUCUUACCCCCUCCGCUGCGAUGAACCAUGUGGAAAAUAUUUAAGCCAAUUAGUGUCUUUCCCUUUUUUCUAAAGUGUAUAUGCCACGUCCUGGAAGCCAUUUUCUAUAGCCUGUUGUAGGCACUUUACUUGUAUUGCACACAUUCUGGUUAAGUUGAUAGAAGCUGAUCUGUUAAUGUUUGUUAUGUAGUAAGCAGAAGCUCUGGGGCUCUACAAGAUGAAUAAAUGCUUAUUCAGUUUCUCAUAUGAGCAUUUUGCUGCUGAGUUCUAUUCCAUGCCAGCUGUCCAUGUACUCAUGCCCUGACCAUUCAUGAAAUGCCAUUGUAGAAGUCUUAAUAAUAUGAAUAGGUCUAGUCCAUGCUUUUGAGGUUUGCCCUAUCGGAGAAUCAGUGUGAAGGCAUGGAAAGAGAAUUUAUGAUGCAUCCCUGGGACUUCCCUUAGGAAUCACUAGCGAGGUCUGGAAAAAAGGCAGGGAAGAGAUAUAUAUACCAUCACCCGACCCCCAGUUACUUCCCACCUCUACCCACUACCCUCAAUAAUGCUGUGUCUACAUAAUCAAAGUCAGGGGAAUUGGGACAAGAGAUGAGAAAAUAAAUCAUUUAACAUCCAGAAAACACUUUCAUGUGAGAUAAUUUAGGAAGACUUAGUAUUCGUUUUGCAUUGGUUGCCCAAAUAAUUGUCUGUUUUCUUCACUCUGCUGCCCUUCGAGUACACAUAUAUUGACAAAGUGAUUAGGCUUUUAUGUUUUAUGUUUUUAGCGUCAAACCAUGGCAAAUGGGGAUCUGAAAAGGCAUUUCUUCAGCAUCAUAAUUUUGUGAAAAGUGAUUAUGUGUUUAUCCUUGUUUUUGUCCUACAACGUUCAACUGCACAUUAUUCUGGUGAAAAUCCACAAUGUCUUUAAGCUCCCGGUUGUAUAAUGGUAGGGUUUAAAGUCACCAUUUGUGGGUUUGGCAUCAGUUAAUAUUUAGUCAACUGGCAAGUAGAUAAGAGAAGAAUAAGAUUUUCUUUACUUAUGUGAUAAUGAAAAGCAAUAAUUACAGUUAUGUAAUAUUACACAAAGGCCAUAAUAAGUCUCUUCCAGUGUUUAGGAUACACUAGAGAAUCAUAUAGUCAUUUGGAGCGUGUUUGGACCCCUUAGUAUGUACUGUAGUACGCUUCCAGCGAACAAAUACCUGAAUUGCUACUAUUAUAGUCACCAAUUUUAUGAGCCCAUACUACUGCAUUUCGGGAAGUCACAAAUGUGUUCAGAAAUGGAAGCAGUUCUUUUUAAGCACUGUACCAGAGAGAUUGUCAUGUAAAUUUACCUGUUGCAAACAGGCUGGUUUGUACAAGAUGUAUGUUUUGGUGUUUAAAAUGUUUAUAAAAUUGUAUAUAAUGGUUCCAAUUUUCCAAGCUUUUGUAGAUACUGUAUUUGAUGCCUAUCAGGAUGCUUUAAUUUGGGGGGGUCGAAUACAAUUCUAAGUCAUCCAUGCUGUUGGUCUGCAAACUUUAAGGGUAACUACACACAUCCACAAAAAGGAUUUGAAAUUUGAAAAUGGUGGGGUUUUUUUAUCAUUGCAAAAUGUACUGUAACCUUUGUUUGGUUCUACUGUUUUCAUUUAACUUUCUCUGUUUUCAAGAAAAUGUUCUUAUUGACAUUUUUUUAAAUGAGUGUGUUUUGCCCAUUUACGAAGUACCUGGUACCUAUGCCACUUCAGAUUCAGAAUGAAGCAUAUCAUAUCUCCUCACACAUGUGCACUCACCUAAACUUGCACACAUACAUCACACACCAAACCUUAUGCAAAGGGGAAAGCUAACACUUAAAGUGAAUCUUGUCCCUUAUGGCAGUGGAUUGUUUCUGCAUAUAUUGCUGUUGGCAGUAUUCAGUCUGAUGUUCUUUUUCUAAAAAAUGAAAGAAAAAACAAACAAAAAAAAAACAAGAAAAGACAGCCAAAACAAAAACCCAACAGUGUACAGGUUUAUAACUUA